AUGGAUAAGCUUCACAAUUCCAAGGUCGGCCAUUGGGCCGAUCGCCUGGCCGUCGACAACGAGGACGGGCUGACGACGGCCCAGCUGAUGUUGACAAACAAUGACUUGAAACCCGUGGAGCCGGAGCGCCGGCAAUGGGGCGCCUGGAAUUUUGUCGGGUUCUGGAUCGCUGACUCGUUCAACAUCAACACGUGGAUGAUCUCGUCGUCCAUGAUCGUGGCGGGCUUGUCGUGGUGGCAGUCAUGGCUCUGCGUCUGGAUCGGCUACGCCAUUGCGGCCGUCUUCAUCUGCUCGACGGGUCGCAUCGGUGCCAUGUACCAUAUCGGAUUCCCAGUGGUCGGCAGAGCCUCAUUCGGAAUCUGGGGUAGCUUGUGGCCUGUGUUCAACCGCGCGGCCAUGGCUUGUAUCUGGUAUGGCGUGCAGUCCUGGAUCGGUGGCGAGUGCGUGUAUUUGAUGAUCCGCUCGAUAUGGCUCAGCUGGGAUCGUCAUACGAUACCAAAUACCUUCGCUCCGGAUUCGGGGGCUACGACGGCUGAUUAUGCUUCCUUCUUCAUCUUCUGGUUUUGCUCAUUGCCAGCGAUCUGGUUCCCAGUCCACAAGAUCCGACAUCUCUUCACGGUCAAGGCGUACUUUGUUCCUUGCGCCGGCAUCGCUUUCUUUAUUUGGGCGAUAGUCCGGGCUGGAGGCGUCGGACCGAUUGUCAGGCAGCCCGCAAGCAUCGGUGGAUCAGAGCUCGCAUGGCAGAUGGUGAAAGGCAUCAUGAACUCGAUCGCCAACUUUGCGACAUUGAUUGUCAAUGACCCUGAUUUCACUCGUUUCGCUGGGAAGCCAAGAGAUGCACUGUGGUCACAGUUGUUCACCAUCCCCAUCGGCUUUGCCGUGACCAGUUUCAUUGGAAUCAUCGUGUCCUCGUCAUCUGUGGUUAUUUACCCCGGCACGGACCCGAUCUGGGACCCCUUGGAUCUUCUGGAGAAGUUCAUUGACGACGGUGGCUCCGCCCAGCGCUUUGGCGUCUUCGUUAUUGCUGCAGCCUUUGCCCUUGCUCAGCUGGGGACUAACAUUGCUGCGAACUCUGUAUCUGCCGGUACCGACAUGACGGCCUUGCUCCCUCGGUUUAUCAACAUCCGUCGCGGUGGAUACAUCUGCGCCCUUGUUGGUCUAGCGAUGUGCCCGUACACCUUGCUUACCUCCAGCAACCAGUUCACAACCUACCUGAGUUCUUACUCUGUCUUCCUCAGCUCCAUUGCGGGGGUGAUGAUUUCAGAUUACUACGUCGUUCGCAAGGGAUACUUGGAAAUCAAGGAACUCUACGACGCGCGCAAGUCUGGCCCCUACUUCUACACCUUCGGCAUCCACUGGCGGGCCUACGCGGCCUACAUCAGCGGCAUCCUGAUCAACGUUGUUGGCUUCGCGGGCGCCAUUGGGCGGGAUGUGCCCAUCGGGGCGACAUACAUCUACAACGUCAACUUCUUUGCCGGGUUCAUCGUCUCGUCGGGGAUGUACUGGGGGCUCUGCAAGCUCUUCCCUAUCCCGGCCACGAGCGACCGGUGGAUGGAGGUGGGAGACGCCAUUACCGAUGUCAGGCUCGCUUAUGACGGUAGCAGUCAUCAGGACUUUGAUGAAGAGGCGGUCAUGGGGUCAAAAUACGGCGAGAACCCGAAAACUGUUUAA